UAUGGAGGCGAGUCAGUCGAAGUUUGCAGAAUUUGCUCCGAUUCGGAGGCGACGCAGAACGGCCAGUUUGGCCUAGGGGAGAAGCGUUCACCCCAGAGUCGACGCUGCGGAGAGACCCCAGAUCUCAUCCGUUCAUCCCUUCCCCUAUGUUCGGCGUGGGUUGGCCAUACUCCGCAUCCAGACCCCAGACUUUACCCCAGACGCAUUGAUACGCCGACAGUCUGUCGGUUUGUUUGGUAUCGAAUUGUUCAAGGCUGACUGGAGUGAGCCCUGACCCCCCGUCCAUAUAACAAAGGCAACCCUGGACUGUCAGACUUCGGUCAUUCCCUUCUUCCCUCCCUUAGACUAUACCUCAACCUCCUCACUGCCUUGGAGUUCGGAGCUCAGAGUUCGUAGUUCAGACUGCCUGUUACACGCUCGACACGAAGAACCUCGCCCGUCCAGAACAGCAGUGACGGCUGUCAUCGCCAUCACAAUGGCUCUCCUCGCACUUGUAGAGGACCGCCCUACGCCCAAGGCGGUGUACAACUGGCGCGUCUACUUCUGCGCCAUCAUCGCAUCCUUUGCCAGUUGCACCAUUGGUUACGACUCCGCCUUUAUCGGAACCACCCUCGCGCUCAAGUCCUUCACAGAUGAAUUCCAGUUCUCAACCUACAGCAAGGAGGGUUUGGCUCUUCUGAAGUCCAAUAUUGUCUCUGUCUACCAGGCCGGCGCCUUCUUCGGAAGUUUAUUCGCCUACGUCAGCAGCUACUUCCUCGGCCGCAAGAAGAGCUUGAUGAUAUUCACCACAGUCUUCCUGCUGGGCGCCGGCAUGAUGCUGGGCGCCAACCGUGAGCGAGGCCUUGGUCUCAUCCUUGCUGGGAGAGUUCUUGCCGGUAUCGGUGUGGGCGGCUGCUCCAACAUGACGCCCAUCUACAUCUCCGAGCUUUCGCCCCCAGCGGUCCGUGGACGUCUUGUCGGAAUCUACGAGUUGGGAUGGCAGAUUGGCGGCCUCGUCGGCUUCUGGAUCAACUAUGGCGUCGAUUCGACCAUGGCGCCCAGCCACUCCCAGUGGCUUAUUCCGUUCGCUGUGCAGCUGAUUCCCGCCGGCCUCUUGCUCAUCGGGGCCUUCUUCAUCCCCGAGUCACCUCGUUGGCUCUUUAUCAAAGACAGGCGAGAGGAGGGGCUGAAGGCACUUUGCUGGAUGAGAAACCUAUCCCCCGAUGACCAGUACAUCAUCGAGGAGAUGAACUACGUUGAUGCCGAGUUUGAGCAAUACCGCACUGAAGUUGGCGUUGGUUUCUGGAAGCCUUUCGCGUCUCUCAAGAACCGCAAGGUUCAGUGGCGCUUCUUCCUCGGUGGCAUGCUCUUCUUGUGGCAAAACGGCUCUGGUAUCAACGCCAUCAACUACUACAGCCCAACGGUCUUCAAGAGCAUCGGCAUUACCGGCACCAACACCGGCUUCCUGACGACCGGUAUCUUUGGCGUUGUCAAGACUGUCGUCACGUUUGUCUGGCUUCUCUGGCUUAUCGACCAUCUCGGUCGCCGCAACCUCCUAUUGAUCGGCGCCAUUGGCGGUUCCCUUUGCAUGUGGUACAUUGGCGGCUACCUCGCCCUUAACCCGCCUUCGGCAAACACAGGCGGCGGUCUCUCUAGCGGCGGCAUCUCUGCCAUGGCCUUCUUCUACCUCUGGACAAUAUUCUACACCCCUUCAUGGAACGGUACUCCUUGGGUCAUCAACUCAGAGAUGUUCGACCAAAACACGAGAUCGCUCGGACAAGCAAGCGCAGCCGCCAACAACUGGCUCUGGAACUUCCUCAUCUCGCGUUUCACCCCGCAGAUGUUCAAUGCCUGGGACUACGGGGUCUACUUCUUCUUCGCCUCCCUCAUGAUUUGCUCGGCCAUCUUCGUCUUCUUCCUCGUGCCUGAGACGAAGUCUGUGCCUUUGGAGAGGAUGGACCGCUUGUUCGAGAUCAAGCCGGUGAGGAAAGCAAACAAGAUCAUUAUGAACGAGUUGGCGGAUGUGGCCAACUUCAGAAAUGACUCCGAGGAUGGAAUCAGAGAGAAGUCCGAAGAUGCAGAGAUAAACCAGGUAGAGAGGAAGGAUAGCGCUUGACGAACGGGCUUAUGGAUUACUAAUGCGGUUGAAGGGCAUAUAAAAGGGUAGAAUCAGUGGAGUGGAUAUUCCAAGAUACAGUCUUUGGGAAAACACAUUCGUUCACCCUAAACCGAUUCCUCAAGUGAUAACCAAACACGGCAAAGCAAGGGCACAAGCCGACAGCACCAGAGAGUGGGGCAAUAACUGUUAAAAUGGAGACGGUUAUUAAUAAUGAAAGAAAGAUAGACGGGUGGGAAUGAAUGGCUUCAAGGGC